AUGCAGAAAACGUUAUCGUUAUGCGUCUUUUUAUUGAGUAUCCAACAGCUGACAGACGCUUGUAUUAGAACAACUCCGACACCGACUCCUGGUGGUCCUUGUGCAAUGUGUUCAAUGGCUAUUCCGGUAAUUCAAGGAGCUGCUGAUGGAGCUACACCUUUUUCAUCAGAUACAAUCACUGGAAGAACGGCUGCUGGUUGUUUAAUCCGAACGCUCACAUGUACAUCGAUUAAUCCCGGAUUUCAGACUGUCAUUUCAUACAAUGCGGAUGCGAAUGGAGUGGACACAGGAACGGAUCAGAUCUCGACUCAACUAAUCUGUAACGCACAAGGACAAUGGACACACACGGGAAAUGGGGCAACGGCUGUCAUUAACACUAUUGGAUGUUUCACUGGA